CCUUGUUGGCAGGACUUGUUGGCUUGCGUAACUUUUGAACAAACAGUUGGUCGUACAUUUUGUGUUUUUGGUUUGCAGUUUUGUUUCUAGUUUGUGCAAGAGAAGAUGAAUAAGGUGGUGUUGGUGACUGGCGCUAAUAGUGGCAUCGGCCUGGGUCUGUGUGAGCGGCUCCUGCAGGACAAUGAGAGCCUCCAGCUGUGUCUGGCCUGCAGGAACAUGCAGCGGGCUCAGGCUGCCCGCUCCGCCCUGCUGACCUCUCACCCCUCAGCUCAGGUGGCUCUCCUGCAGAUGGACACCAGCAGCAUCUCCUCCGUCCUCGCUGCUGCACAGGAGGUCAAACUCAGGUAUAACCGGCUGGACUGCCUCUACCUGAAUGCAGGCAUCAUGCCAAACCCACAAUUCGAUGUAAAUGCAUUUUUCAAAGGUCUUUUCUCCAGUGGUAUCAUCACGAUGUUUACGACAGGUCAGGGGAUCCUUACACAGAAGGACUGCGUCACCGCUGACAGCCUGCAGGAAGUUUUUGCAACAAACCUCUUUGGUCACUUUUUAUUAAUCAGGGAGCUGGAACCAGUUCUGUGUGAUGCCGGCCACACAUCCCAGCUGAUCUGGACCUCCUCAAGUAACGCUCACCGCUCGGCUUUUAACCUCGAAGACAUGCAGCACCAGAGAGGCACACAACCUUACAGCUCCUCCAAAUAUGCCUCGGACCUGCUCAGCCUCGCGCUCAACACACACCACAACAAACAGGGUUUAUACUCAUCUGUAAUUUGUCCUGGUUUCGUGAUGACCAAUAUGACCUACGGUCUCCUGCCCUCAUUCCCAGCUUUCCUCUGGACCCUGCUCAUGCCUGUCUUUUGGCUUAUAAGGAUGUUCUGCAACAACUUCACCCUGAACCCUUAUAAUGGAUCUGAAGCCCUGUUCUGGCUCUUUAAGCAAAAGCCUGAAUCACUGGACCCUCAAGCUAAGUACCAUAGCUCAACAUCUGGGCUAGGCAACAACUACAUACAGCCACGCAAGAUGGAUAUUGAUUUGGAAACAUCCGAGGCAUUGUAUGAGCAACUACUGCAACUAGAAAGUGAAGUAAGAAAGAAACUAAAAGGGAAACAAAAAUAAUCCUGGAAAGUUCACAGCAGUCCUGCAGGACCUGGAUCAUCAUGGUGUUUACAGGAUGACACGAUUCUGGGAUGGAGACUAUUGUAUUUCGGUCUGGUGAUUUGGGACCAGCAUGUACGCUAACAGAAAUAGCUUUGUCCUUUGCCUGAGACUGCAACAUACAAGACUGCAUUUACAGUUCAAAUCAACAAGUUACAGUGACUCUAAGCAUGAAAUUAAAUGUCUGUUAUGGACAAAGAAUUAUGUAUGUUGUAAUGGUUUAACAAUAAACUCACUUUUGCCUGUUCUUAUCCAA